AAGGUCAUGUCAGGAAAGAUGUGCAGCGGCAGCACCAGCAUCAUUCAGGCACAGAAACUGGUGGAUCAACUUCGGGUGGAGGCAAACAUGGAGAGAUUCAAGAUCUCCCUGACAGCAGCCAGUCUGGUCAGAUACUGUCAGGAACACAGGCGAAGCGACCCUCUUCUCACUGGGAUCGCUGCCUCGUCAAAUCCUUUCAAAGACAAGAAGACCUGUGUGCUGCUUUGAGGAGACACAUUUUGUAAAUUUUGAAAAAGAUUUACAACCGUUUGGAACAUCUUUUAAUCUGCCGGUCGGCCAUGACAACAGUAUCACAUCUAUAAA